AUGGCGAUGGAGAUGCGGCUUCCCGCGGCUCGCAAGCCGCUCAGCGAGGUCCUGGCCCGCGACACUAAGAAACACCUGGUGGUGCCGGGGGACACGAUCACCACGGACACGGGCUUCAUGCGGGGCCAUGGCACAUACAUGGGGGAAGAGAAGCUCAUCGCAUCUGUGGCCGGCUCUGUGGAGAGAGUAAACAAGCUGAUCUGUGUGUGGUCUUUCCUUUUAUCUUCCAGGUACAAUGGUGAAGUAGGAGACAUUGUAGUGGGGAGAAUCACGGAGGUUCAGCAGAAGAGGUGGAAGGUGGAUACCAACUCCAGGCUGGAUUCGGUCUUGCUCCUCUCGUCCAUGAACCUUCCAGGCGGAGAGCUGAGGAGACGAUCUGCAGAGGACGAGCUUGCCAUGCGGGGCUUCCUGCAGGAAGGAGACCUCAUCAGCGCAGAGGUCCAAGCAGUGUUCUCUGACGGAGCCGUCUCCCUGCACACGAGGAGCCUGAAGUAUGGAAAACUAGGCCAGGGCGUGCUGGUGCAGGUCUCCCCCUCCCUGGUGAAGCGGCAGAAGACUCACUUCCAUGACCUGCCGUGCGGCGCCUCCGUGAUCCUGGGCAACAAUGGCUUUGUCUGGAUCUACCCAACCCCGGAGCACAAAGACGAGGACGCAGGGGGCUUCAUCCCAGACCUGGAGCCUGUGUCGCUGACUGAUCGAGAGGUGAUAUCCCGGCUCCGGAACUGUGUGGUCUCACUGGUGACCCAGAGGAUGAUGCUGUAUGACACCAGCAUUCUGUAUUGCUACGAGGCGUCCCUUCCGCACCAGAUCAAAGAUAUCUUAAAGCCAGAAGUAAUGGAGGAGAUUGUGCUGGAAACUCGCCAGAGGCUUCUAGAGCAGGAAGGAUGAGGAGCAGCUUCCGGGAUGGGAUUGUGCGCUUGGCUGCAGCGGUCCUGGGAAGUGCAGGGUCUGUUCUGGUCCCCACGUGCGGCCCAGACAGCAUCCCGCAGACUCCUGACUCUGCUCGGAGCACAGUUGCUGUCCCCACCCCCAGUCCAGGCCUGCUUUCUCAUUUGGGACGAGGGGCUUGGUGGGUGAGCGGUGCCUCAUGAGUCCUAGCAGAAGAAGGUAAUGUUAGGUCUUUGAGAUGCACAGUGUCCUCCUGGAAUAGCAUAGAGCAGCCUUUGUCUUCCCUCACUCAUGAAGUUGUCUUGGUGCAAACCGUGGUGUCCCUGACCCCCAAGCGGUCUCCACUCCUCCUCCUCUUAAGGCACAAGUGCACAAGGGAGAGUGCGCCUGGUAAAGCUAAUCCUGAAGCCAGAUGGAGGAAUGAAGUUAACCCAGCAGCCCUUGCCUGGUUGAAAUCUCAUUCGAUCCUUCGAGCGACAGAUGCAGGGGACCCACAGCAGGCUGCCAGAACCUGCCCUGCCUUCGAGGGUGUUUACGAAGCUGAGUUCCUGUGAACAGAGAACACAAAUGUCCUGGGCCCAUUGUCCUUAGGGUGCUCUGAUAAGGGGGAAGAGAACAAAGUAGGAAAAAUGGGAAACAGCUGUUUUAUAAUAAAAGAGUGACACAGGGUUAAAGACGAAAGCAAGAUGCUGAAGUUUUCACUGAAGCGUAGUAUUCUUGUGGUUGAAUUUCUGAUGACUAUUAGAAAUGGUGCCCUGACUUAGGGUGGUUUUUUUUUUUUUUUUGCGGAACCUGGGAUUGAACUCAGGCC